GACUGAUAAGGUCUGUUUAGCAUCGUUGCGCGCAAACUUCGGCGAGGUGGAAAAUGUCCUGUCUUUGUGCGUCCUAUUAUACUCCAGAAGCGCGCCACUCUCGCGAUUUGGACAAGGAGUUGUACUUGGAGAGCUUGCGCGCCUUGCGACAGGUGAAAAUCCUUCUUCUCGGCGCGGGCGAGACGGGGAAAAGCACAUUCGCGAAACAGAUGCGAAUCAUUUACGGCGAGGAUUUCGACAUGAAAGACUUACUGGAAUUCCGGGACGUUAUCUACACGAACGUGUUUAAGGCGAUAAAGGUUCUCUGUGAUGCGAGAGAGAAGUUGCGUAUUCCUUGGGGAAACCAGACAUUCGAGACGAAGGCUCAGGAACUACUGCGAUGGAAGAUACCACGUUGCGUCGAUCAAAGCGUCUUCAUCGAGAACGUGGAGAUAGUGGGCAGGCUAUGGAAGGAUAAAGGAAUACAGACAGCGUACAGCCGCAAAAGGGAGUUUCAGUUGCCGGAUUCGACCGAGUAUUUCAUGGAAAGACUUGCUGUAAUUAAAGACGAGGAUUAUCUUCCAACAAAAGAAGACGUGUUGAGAUCGCGAAAAAUCUCGCGUGGAAUAACCGAGUAUCACACAGAGGUCUCGCAGACACCAUUUGUAUUCGUCGAUGUUGGAGGUCAGCGGCAUUACCGUCAAAAAUGGGUGACGUGCUUCGAAAAUGUCACAUCCAUCCUUUUUUUCGUCUCAGCCAGCGAAUACGACGAAGUUCUGGCGGAGGACCGUCAGACGAAUCGUUUACAGGAGUCAUUAGAUCUCUUCGGCGACAUCGUGAACAGUGUGACGUUUGCAAGAACACACGUGAUCUUGUUCUUCAACAAAACUGACCAAUUACGAGUGAAAAUCCGUCACACCAACAUUAAACGCUAUUUUCCAUCGUUCAAAGGGGAUCCUCAUGAAGAGACGGACGUGAAACGCUUUCUGUACAUGAUGUUUGAUACCAAACGAUUGGACCACUCAAAAUCUCUUUUCUAUCACUUCACGACGGCGAUAGACACAAAUAACAUUCGUUUCGUCUUUGAGGCUUGCAAACAGAUCAUUCUCCAGUCAAAUUUGGAUCGUAUUUUACUAUAAGUUAGGCUAGUGUUUUGAAAUUACCAAACGCGCCGCGCGAAGGAUUUACACGCUUCGGUUAAACAUCUAAGAUUUCUUCCAGGCUUUCCAAUGUCUCGUGUUUGAGAACUGCUUUUAUGAAAUUAUCAAUGUGU